AUCAUGGUUAGGACCAGAGGAUUAGGUCGUGCCUUAGGUCACGUUACUAGCAGAGGUGUGGGCAGAGGAGAUCGUGAUGAUUCUGAUGAUGCUUCGCAGCGUCGAUGGCCUUCCGCAUCCGCACGGAGGCAGCGAGUCGCUGUGACUGUGGCGCACGAUGAGCCAGUGGUCCCUGCGCUAGAUGUUGAGGCUGAUGUAUUUUUGGAUGACCCGAUGGCACCAGCUGAUUUAGAGGACAUUGUGGCAGGCAUUCCUGCAGACACAGGCGCGGAGGCUGUUGAGGAUGAGCAUGAGGGAUUUUCGGGUGGUCCGAGCGACCCAUCCGUGUUGACCCAGUAUGCGGAUCACGUUGCUUGCAGCGUAUGGACGGGAGAGGAGCGUCCUGAGUUGAAGUUAUCCUCUCACGGGAGGAAGGUUCAUAGUUUAGGCAAGCCUGUCCUUGCCAUUGAGGGACUCGUUGCUGGGACAGGACUAAGUCCUCUGAUCGCGUGUUUGGAAGACACCGGCGAUCAGGGACUUUUGUCCUCGUUUGUGGAGCGGUGGCACCGGGAGACGUCUAGUUUCCAUCUCCCGGUGGGAGAGCUCACGAUCACGCUGGACGACGUCUCCUCGCUUCUGCAUUUGCCCGUGGUUGGCGACUUGCAUGCCUUCCCGCCCUUGCAUGAGGACGAUGCGGUUCAGAUGCUGGUGGACUUAUUAAUAGUCUCUGCAGAGUCUGCCAGGGCUGAGACAGCCCAGUGUCGUGGACAGUACUGCUGGAUUUACGAGCACUUUCCGUCAGUCACGGACUCCACUGCUGAUCAGGAAUACAACAAGAAUACCCCGCGUGCGUGUAGGUGGAUUGCGACGAAGAAGACCGUGAAGAGCAUACGUACACCGACGUACAGGGAGCGCCUGGACCGACUCCGGAUUCCGGAUGUCUGUUGGAUCCCGUAUGGGGAGCACCGACCGGAAGUUUGUGAUGAGAUUGCUGAGAGGUUGGAGCGCCAUUUGAGUCUAGGGGUGGUCACGCCAGACUCAUCGACACAUGAGGUGAUCGAAGAAUGCCUCAGGAUGGCCAGGAGUGUGACACCGAACCAUCUAGUAUAUGUUAGGUCUAGACGCAGGCGGCGCACGGAUCAGGCGUAG